UUAUUAUAAGUAAUGACUAGUUCUUGUGCAGAAUCAGUGGCAUCACAGUCAGCUUCUCUUCACGCUUUAUGUCCCAUUUCCUUCCUCAGUUCCUGGCUGCCCCAGGCAGUUCCAUCCCGAGGGAGUCACUGGCAGAGUUCGGUGCUGGCGUUCAGGGCGUCUCUCCCCAUGAGAGCACAACCAAAGAAGAAGAAGAAGGUGGAUGUGAAGAGAGAGCAAGCACAGAAGGAUCGUAUGAAAAAGAGGAUUAAAAAGUUGGAAAAAACGGCCCCAGAAUUGAUUCCAAUUGAGGAUUUUAUAAGACCAGUGAAGUAUGCAGAUAGCAACAGGGUGCGAAGUCUUCCUGACUUGUCACCUGAGGAGACCGAAAGAAGAGUUUUACUUCUGAAAAAGUGGUGUUUGUUUAAGCAGAAACAAGAUAACGCCGAAAAGAAAGCGAUUCAGAGCAUGGUAGAAGCUCAGCAAGAGGCACUAAAGGAACUGCGCCUUGAGUCGGAGGAGUUGUAUCAAGCAGCAAUCAGGCGAGAUGAGGGGCUUUUCCCCUUUGAGAGAGAUGGACCCAGUUACACCCCACCGCUCCCUGGCUACGAUCCUCCUGAAGGGAAAUGCAUUGAUAUCACCAAAGUGUAUACACAGUGAUGGAGGAGUUUGUAGCUCAUCUGGCAUGAGCUACUCAGGUGAUGCAGGAGGAAAGAAUGGAGUAAGGAUGAACUACUCCUGUAGGUUAAAAUACUGUAGGUGUGAGACUGCAAAAAAUACGGAUUAAUGAAGUACCUGUUUGGUUGGGUUUCUUUAAACAGCGCUCUCAGUAGUAAUGCCCAAAGAGCUACACUGCCUUAUACUUGUGCCAUGCUGCAACAAGAUAAACGGUAUUUCACAGUGUUUUAUCUUUCUAGGCUUCUCUCAUCCCUCCAUGCAGCAUUUCUUUGUCCUACAUAAACCAUUACUUGGAAGAUUCCCGUGCUACGAGUAAAGAAUGUCACAGUCAUCAUAUUAGGAUCUGUACUAGAAGGGAGUUAACAGCUGAUUGUUUACUGCCUUUCUUUUCAGACCUCAGUGAAAUACUUUUGCAUCUAAGAGGGAAACAUGGUGACAAAGUCAAAAGUGA